CUCGAGUCCGGCAAUCAUCCACCUGACAGGGGUCGCCGAUCGCCGAUCUCGCCACCCAUCUCCCUCCUAUAAUCCACCACCGUUCUCUCCACUUCGCUUCUUAUCGCAACUUGGUUCAAACACCCUCUCCAUCUUCUGCUACAGCAUUACCUUCAACGCCAGGCAUGACCAUCAUCCUCGUCCAUGGUCUCUGGAGCGCCCCUGCGCACUGGCGCGGUGUUAUUGAGGCGCUCAAGGCUCUUGGCGUGACCGACGUCGUGACAGUCGACCUUCCCCUCGAGAGUCUGAAGGGCGACGUCGACGUUGUGCGCGAAGCCAUCCGGAAGGCUGGCGGUGACGUCGUUCUCGCUGGGCAGGGAUUUGCCGGGAUGGUAAUCACCGAGGCGGGGGCUGAGGAGGCCGUGAAGGGUCUGGUGUAUGUGUGCGCUCUGGCCCCCGACGCCGGCGAGUCCGCGCGCACCGUCUUCCCGGAUCUUCCCUCCGAGAUCGCCUCGGACUUCGAGGUCGUCGACCGCAAAUUGCGGAUUAAGGAAGACGCGUUCAAGGCCGAUUACUGUCACGACCUGUCUGAUGAGGCAGUGGCGUGGCUGCGCGAGACGGGCCGCAACCCCUCCGCGAGCAUCAUGGGCGAGGCAGUAACGCAUGCAGCGUGGAAGGACAAGCCAAGCUUUUACAUCGUCGCGGGCGGGGAUAAGUGCAUCGCGAAGGAGAAGCAGGACCGCAUGGCAGACCGGAUCAAGGCGAGCCGGAUAGCGUGUGUCGAUGGCGCUAGCCAUGCUAUGCACGUCGGGCAUCCGGGCGAGGUGGGAUUGUUUGUCGCUGGCGUGGCGAGGUCGUGCGGAGUGUAGGCGGAUAUGUGAGGAUGUAGCAUGUAUAAGGGUGUGAGGUGACCUACGCGGGGUAGGUUGCGGAGUUGUCCUCGGAGGAUUAUCCCAUCUUCUGACCGCUCCGCACGUCCCGCG